AUGGCAGCCAGCGAAAGUGAAAGUGAUUUCGAGUUUGAGGGGUUUACGGACGAAAAUGUCCGUGAAGCUUCUGGUAAAUUACAGGAAAAGGAGACUGAACUUGAGGAAAUGAUACACAAUGAUGAGUCUGACAUCGAUAUUGAUGAAAACAGCAACAGCGAGGAGGAUUCCGAUCAGGAAGAGGAUGGUGAGGUUGACCCAUAUUUAGUGAACAUGAACGGAGAAUGGUCCCGAGAUGUAAAUGAAAUUUUUGUCCCCGAUUUUUCGGAGAAUACGGGCCCCCAGCAUAAUUUAAAUACCAAUGCUAGUGUUUUAGAAUAUUUCAAUUUAUUUCUCCCUCAAAGUUUUUUCGAAACAGUUGCAAAUGAAACUAAUAGAUAUGCAGAUCAAAGGCAACUAGUUACAGGACCGGACCCAAGAUGGCGUCCUACGACAGCAAACGAAAUCCGGGCAUACAUAGGUAUGAAUAUAAUGAUGGGUGUAAAGCAGUUGCCUCGCAUCUGGUGCUACUGGAGCACAGACAAGCGAUAUUAUGAUGCAUUCAUUUCAGGAGUUAUGCCCAAAACGCGAUUUUUAAAGUUAAAUCAAUACAUUCACUUGCGGGACACGGCAGUUAUACCUGGCCGAGAUGACCCGGAUUACGAUCCUCUUUUCAAGGUAAGGCCCAUGUUAGAUAUGGUAUCUAAAAAGUUCAGGAAAGCAUACAAGCCUGGUAGGGAUCUCAGUGUUGAUGAGGCAAUGAUUGGUUUCAAGGGUCGCAUUCAUUUCCGACAAUAUAUGCCUGCUAAACCCACCAAGUAG